AUGCAUUCAUCCUCAUGCCCGCGUCCUCCUCCUCCUCCUCCUCCUCAGUCCCCCCCUGCAAGCUCGCUCGCCGCCAAACUGCCUUGGGCUGCCAUCGCCACACUCCCUUCGCCUCCCACGCUCCUCCCAACCCCGCCAUGCCGUUCUGCUUUUGGCUCGUUUGCUUCCAUGCUCUCCUGCACCUUCCCAUGCUGCUUGCGUGCUCCAGUUCUUGUUGCAUGCCUCCGUUUCCCCCCGUUCCUCCAACCUCCCCUCCCUGUGGCAGCAGAGGCAGCAGCAGCAGCAACUGGGAGCCAAACGCAGUGGGCAGUAGGGAGCUCGCUUUGCCCGCCUUCCAGAGAGCUUGUGACACAGCAGAGGGACCUUCCACAGCAGAGGGACCUUCCACAGCAGAGGGACCUUCCACUGCAGAGGGGUCUUCUACUGAAGGGAGGCAGCGCGUUUACCAGGGAGAGUAUGGGGCUGGCCUCUUUUGUGUAUAUCUCAUGCCUGUUUCUUGGCUCGCCUGCUGCCCUUCCCUCCGCCCCCCAUUCCCUCCACCCUGCCCCCAUUCCCUCCACCCUGCCCCCAUUCCCUCCGCCCUGCCCCCAUUCCCUCCACCCUGCCCCCAUUCCCUCCACCCUGCCCCCAUUCCCUCCGCCCUGCCCCCAUUCCCUCCGCCCUGCCCCCAUUCCCUCCCCCCUGCCCCCAUUCCCUCCGCCCUGCCCCCAUUCCCUCCGCCCUGCCCCCAUUCCCUCCGCCCUGCCCCCAUUCCCUCCGCCCCGCCCCCAUUCCCUCCGCCCUGCCCCCAUUCCCUCCGCCCUGCCCCCAUUCCCUCCGCCCUGCCCCCAUUCCCUCCGCCCUGCCCCCAUUCCCUCCGCCCUGCCCCCAUUCCCUCCGCCCUGCCCCUAUUCCCUCCGCCCUGCCCUCAUUCCCUCCGUCCUGCCCCCAUUCCCUCCGCCUUGCCCCGAUUCCCUCCGCCCUGCCCCCAUUCCCUCCGCCCUGCCCCCAUUCCCUCCGCCCUGCCCCCAUUCCCUCCACCCUGCACCCAUUCCCUCCGCCCUGCCCGCGUUCCCCUCUACUAUGCCUCAUUCCCUCCGCCCUGCCUCCGUUCCCCUCCACUAUGCCCCAUGUUCUCCGCCCUGCCCUAUUCCCUUUAGGCCACUCGUGAUGGAGCAGAGGAAGCUGAGUGGCACACUGGCAACACCAGUUGCAACUGUGGAGCGCCAGUGUGGAGGGCUUGUGCGGGAGGGGAGGGAGGGAAUGUGGGGCAGCAGCUGUUGGUGGCUCUUCAACUGCCAGCUGUUGGUAGACUCACCUUUUCAAUUGGCUCCUGUGAGUAAACUUCUUGACUUUUCAUUCAGUCAACACUUCUCCUUCCAGUGA